GCUGAAAUUCGUUAUUCUUGCGGCAAGUUCCGUCAACCCCUAACCUUAAAAUUUUUUGCCAGAUUAUCAGGUAUCAAAAAACCUUUUAAUACACGUUGACGGCACGGAAAAUACCAAAUAUAUAAAAAAAAUGUCAGAUUAUCAAAGCGCCGCGAACCGACACGAUGCAAACGAGACCCUAUCCUAUAUACCUAUGAUGCCGUCGAAUACUAUACUUGGCAAUAUUGUGGAGAGAAAGUUUAAGGAAAAAUUCAAGUUCGACAGCAAUCGCGUUUCUACCGUAGAACGUGAACUUGGAUUUCCUAAGGUUUUUAAGUUGGAUGACAUCGAACUUACAAAAAAUACCAGUGGCAAGCAGAGUUUAUUUCGACAACAUGUUUCUACACUGAAAUCUGUGAAAGAUGAUUCAACAAAGAUUCAAAGGGAUGAAUCUUUGCAUUGUGACAAAGAAGGAGCAAGUUUUAUAGCAGAGGAUCAAUUGGCUAUUAAGAUUCAUCAAGAAAAUUUGGAUAAGUUAGCUAAAAUGAGUGAGGCAGAAAUAUUAAAAAAAAAAAGGCUGAUUGAGGAUGUUCUAGAUUCUAAAAUAAUACAAUUCUUAAAAAAUAAGAAAAAAUGCAGAGAAAGAUCGAUUGAAGAAAGUAUGCAAGGUACUAUGCCAGUUGCAAAUAGAGCAAUAAUGAGUACAGAAUUUAAUGAUAAGAAACUAAAACUUUCCUCAAAUGAUAAUGAUACAAAAAUAGAAAAUAAUACAUCGAGUGUUUCAAUCACAAAAGAAACAGCAAUGGAUGUAGAAGUAUCUAAUGAUAAAAAGAUAGAAGCUAAUACAAACAUGGACUAUGAGGAUGAUACAGUCAACAUACCAAAGUCAUCUAAAGAAAUAUUGGAAGCAAGCAAGCAGAAGGGAUGGCUGCAUAUGAACACACCAGAACCAGAAAAACUGAAAUGGAUGGAAGAUUUGACAGAAGAGAAAAAAGAUGAACCUGUAAUAAACGAAGAAUACAAUGCUAGAUUUGAUUUUAAUGGUCUCUUAUUGCCAUACAAAGAUGAGAGCUUAACUGUAGACAAGGGACUUCAUCAUCAUGGAGAGGAACCUGAACGUCCUGGGUAUUCCCUUCAAGAAUUAUUACAGCUGAGUAGAUCUUCUAUUCAACAGCAACGAUGUAAAGCCCUUACUACUCUAGCUAAUAUUAUGGAGAAGACACACGAGGGCAUAUAUGACAAAGCUCUGCAUCCAUCACCAUUGAUUGCAUUGAGUCAAAAGAAUAUAUUGUUGCUAUUGAGAUUCUCACUGGACGACUCGUCUGUAGCUGUGGUCACAGCAUCCUUGCAGGCGUUAAGAGCUUUCUUGGUUAGUGAGGCAGACGAGAUAUGUCUGGAUAGACUACAUGGAUUCAACAGAUAUACAGAACCAAUCUUGAUGCCCCAAUUGGAAGAGAAGGAUACGAGUAGCCUGAAAGAUCAUGAAUUGGCACAGUUGGACGCAGUGGCUACACUAUUGAGAUCUGAUUUCCUGUUACGAAUCAGAUACAUCCUAAGUGAAAUGCAUCCACCACCCAUUGGAGUAACGUGUGCCUUAGAGAUACUUAUUCGCCUUGCAAGACACUCGCACAUAACGGCGCUAAAUAUCUCAUCCAUGCCAUACUUGUUAAAUACUAUUAUCCAAAAUUUUAUACCACUGUCUAUUGACCGAUUAGCAAUGCAAGACGCAAUAAAUAACGUUUACGGAAUCCCUGUAGUUAAGGCGAUUAAACUGUGUCGUAUUCUUGUUACAUAUGGUAAGAAGCCCGUUGCGCAGAAAUUGAAUGACUUCAAAAUUAUCAACAGUAUCUUAACAUACGUUAAUAUAGAGAUAGGGAAAGAUGACUUGGAUCUCAGCAUCGAGAGUCUGCGACUUUGGCGUAUAUUGUUGCAAUAUGAAAUAGGACUGGAGAGUGUCGCGGAUACCCUUAUAUUGCAAUUGCAGCUAUUGUUGAGUAAUCAUGAUAUUCAAAGCACAUCAAAAAACGAGUUGGCCCACGAACGCGCUGCGGCAUUAAUUAGCGUAGCGAGUCGUGAAAAAAGUUUGCAAUCAAGCAUAUCCACAUUGUUAAAGAAAUGGAGUACUCAAUUCUCAUCAGUAUCUAAUGCAACGUGGGGUGCUAUGAAAUUAAUUGCAGAAACUUUAUCCGCUGUUGACGAGAUAUCCGCAAUCGAAACUGCAUGGUUAUCUAAUAAAUACAUUUUCUCGAGACUUUGCUCUAGUUCGAAUUUAUUGAGCGACUGCAACCCGGCAACGGAACGAGAACCGUCUUGUCUACCAAACUUGGACGUUUAUACGGAAAAUGGAGAACCGCAGCCGAUCGUGUCAAUAAAUUCUUGUGUACCGUUCUUUGUAACGGUAUUGACAACAUUUCAUAAUCACUCACGUAUAGCGGAAAUUCGCAUGAUACUCGAGCAUCCGGACUUUUGCAAAUACAUACGAGACUUAGAAAAGUUCGAUUGGAGUUUCGAAACAUCAUGGUACAGCCGAACGGAAUUACACCUUUUGACAGAGAUGGUAAAAACGGCAUCACUCCUAGGGAACUCGAUUAAUAAUCAGACAGCGCACAUUAUAUGGAAGAUCGCCAUCAAACUUAUGUCGGCUUUGCCCGCGGAUUCUACGGAUCAAGUGAGAGAGCUGCUCAAGAUCGCGCUGUCCAGCGAGAAAAUGAAUUUGGAGAUCAUUGUCAAUGAAUUGGUCAAAUUAGAUUUGACUACGUCGACGGAUCAAGUUAAGAUAGAUUUACGCUCGGAUGCGGCAUCGCUAUAUGAGAGAUACAUCGUUCCAAACGGCGACUGGAAUCAGGCGGCGAUGCCAAAGGACUGGCUCUUUUUACCCAUCGUUCACAUAUACAAUAAAUGUAAAAGCAAUGUCAAAUUGCAGUCGGAGGAUAAAGACAGCGUUGUGACGGUGCUGAGUCUAGCGUUGAUCUUGCCCGAUCUCACGAGAAGGCUGUCGCCCACUCUGCAAUUCAGUAGACUCAUCCUGGUGUACCUCUGCGACACGAUAUACCUGGACAAGGACGUGUCCGUGUUGCUGGCGAAAGUCCUGUCGAAUCUGUUGACGAGACACCACGCGCGACUGGACUUCCAGGCAGAGCUGCAGGGGCUGAGCUCCUUCACCGAUCUGUUUACGGCGUUGUGCGAGCAAUUUUGCUCGAGUUCGUAUGGUGACAAUAAUUUCGCAGCGACGUUGCUGGUGCCGCUAGCACAAAAACACGACGCACACUAUCGAAAACUAUUGUGGUCAGAACAUGCGGCCGCGUUGCGAUAUCUGCGAUUGCCACUGGAGAAAUUGCUGUUGCCGCUGAAGGAUUAUCUCUAUCCUGAAGAGGAGGACGCGUCGCUCAUAGAUUGUUACAUCACGGCGCUGGUUCGCGGAACGAUUAGAGAGACCUGGUGUCCGGUUCCAUUCGUGAUCGCGCUACAUCAUUCGGCGAUGUACUUGAAGCGCACGAGCAAACUGGCGGUGCGAAUGCGAACGCAAAUGGAGAAGUUAAGGAACAGAGAUGUCGCAGAUAGGUUGUUACACUACGAACCACCGCGAUUAUAAUGAUAUAAGAGAGACGCAAAAACUAAAACAAUGUGAUUUAUGUGUAUUAUUUGCAUAUGAAUAUCUUUUUUAAAUCUUUGGUAUUUAAAUACUUGAAGAUCUCGAUAUCAUUCUUAUUCACAUUUGUCUAAUUUAUAGUCUUUUUUUAUUAAUUUGAGACUUCCAUUCAGUUAUUUGUAACGAAAAAAAUGAAAAUAUGUGAAUUAUUUAUCUCUUUUUUUA